AUGAAACAGAAUAGAGCUGGAAAAUUUGUAUUCAAAGGGAAAUUUCGUUUGAUAAAAUUUGGAAUAUUUGUUGACGAUAGUGAUCAAUCGGAAUCAGACAAUCUUUUUAAUCCCGCAGAAACUGAGGAUGUUGUGAUUUCAAUUUCAGAGCCUGAGAAUGAAGAAGUUCAUGGAGGUGAUGAGGACUUCAGUGGUGAUGAUGAUUUCCUGAUUGAGUUGGGUUUUAGUGGGAUCAACGAUGAUAUCCCCUCGAGUAUUGAACUUAAUCUCGAUGAUGAUGAUGAUUUUGGUCCACUUCCAGGAUUCGACAGCAGGUGCUUUAAAAGGGUCAAUGAAGUUGCUCAACCAGCAACCGAGAGUGGGGAAGAUGUUAGUGCUCUCAAAAUUUUUCUCUCCUCUUCAAAACCUAUGGAGGUCUCUUCAAGUCCAAGAGAUGUGGUUUCAGAGAUUCCUCCCUCUGAAUCAAAUGUCUCUACUUCUGCUCCACUUUUAAGUGAAUCGACACAUCCCCAAACUUCCAUGUCUCCUUUGAAAAGAAGAUGA